CUCACUAUAAUGUCGAAACCACACCCCUUCCUACGCCUCUUCAGGCAAUACUCCACACAGACCAGUUCCGCCUUCGCCUGCACAACCAGAACAACGACUGGCCCUCAAUGCCUACGAACACGCCUCUUAUUCCGACGAACACCAAAUACCACAUUCUCGUUCGCUCAGAGAAGGUACGCCCACGGCCCCGACGGACUCGACCCAAAUUUUAUCUCGAUCCUCGACCGCCCCGCAAAAAUGGCACGAGUAGGCAAACAACAUGGUCCCGGCCUCAUUAUCCUCGCCAUGAUACCCAUCACCGCGUUCAUCUUGGGGUGCUGGCAAGUCCAACGUUUGGGCUGGAAAACCGAACUCAUCGCGCGCUUCGAAGACCGCUUAACCUUCCCGCCGUUGGAACUACCGCUGCGGAUCGAUGAGAGUAUGACCAAGGACUUUGAUUACAGAAAAGUGUACGCGAAGGGCAUACUACGACACGACCAAGAAAUGCUGAUUGGUCCGCGCCUACAAGACGGCGAAGACGGAUACACCGUCGUGACACCCUUGGAGCGCUUCGACGAGCGGGGAAACAGUCACAAAGUGCUGUGCUGCCGGGGCUGGAUCAAGAAGGAUGCGGCGAAGCAGUGGUUUCGAAAGAAGAACGGGGCGCUGCCGGAGGGCGAAGUCAUGGUGGAGGGACUGCUGAGGAUCCCGCCGAAGGGAAACAUGUUUACGCCGAAGAACGAGCCGGAGGUAGGGAAGUGGUUUUUUCCGAAUGUCGAGGAGAUGGCGGAGUGGACGGGGAGCCAGAGGGUGUGGAUUGAGGAGACGAUGACGCCGGACCUGCUCACCAACUAUGAGCGCGAACCUAAGGGUGUGCCGAUUGGGCGGGCGCCGACGGUAAAUCUGAGAAACAACCACACGCAGUACAUCUUCACAUGGUAUGCGUUAAGCUUCGCCACAUCGAUCAUGUUCUGGAUGGUCGUCAAGAAGCCGCUCUCCGGCACACAACGGCGUGUACGCCACAGCUCAGAGUGGUCAUAAAGUCUUUACCCCCCCCCCCCUUUACCAUCUUCCGCCCUUCACUCAUCGUCUUCCUCCUGUACAGUAGCCAAGCGUUUCCGCUUCUGGCCCUUGAGCUUCGGCUGCGGUUCCAUCCUGAGCUGCUGCAGCAACUCUCUUGGCAGCAUUUUCUGCGCGAGCGAGAAGCUCGUCGUGUUGCUGCUCGUCUUGCGCGUUCUAGUCGCGUCAGCAUUGUUGUAGCGUAGAAAGCAUCUAUACGUAUAUGUACAGUAAGUAAGGAAAUGUAACAUACCGUCUCAUGAGCGCCAG